AUGGCACGACGAUUAAUUUCCUGGAUCCUCUAUGCCAAAAGAAGACUCAGAGUCGAAGAGAUUCAAACUGAAUUUGCGAUAGAUGAGGAUGGGCUACAUUAUGAGAAUAUGCCUACUCCUGAAAUUCUUCUUUAUAUCUGCAUUGGCAUGGUUGUUUUCAAUCGAGACGACAGCACUUUUGGUCUGGUCCAUACAUCAGCUUACGAGUAUGUCUACGCUUCUAUAUCCCCCGAGACGUCGCAUUUCGACAUUGCACAAAUGUCUGUGAGAUAUCUCGGGCUGAAGAGUCUGAUACCGAAGCCGUGUAAUAGCUCGAAAGAGCUUAUGGCGCGCUCCGAUAACUUGAAAUUCCUGAGCUAUUCUGCAAAACCCCGGGUUUAUUAUAUCUGCAAUCAGGAUUCCGAGAAAAGGUUGCAAGCUUCGAUCAUGGGGCUACUUAAUGAUGAAAAGCCGAGAAACGCUGCAUUUCAAGCCCUCCAGUUCCGACGGGAAUUUAGAGGUGCCCUUGCGGACGAGACCUUUGAUUCCGUUCCUAAAGCCCAACUUCCCGUUUCCCGUAUUCUCGUUCAGAGGAGAGUAGACUCCACUCUUCCAGAUAUUCAAGGAUGGACCCCGCUGUUCUGGGCCACUUUCAUCGGAAAUGUCGAGCUUGUUCGUCUGCUUCUUUCCAGCGGAGCAGUCCACCAGUUUCGAAGUAAACGCGGAUGGACGGCCGUCCAUUGGGCCAUCUCUGGCGGUCAUCCUUCUGUUGUUCAAAAGCUUCUCGACCACCAUUCGCGCUCAAUGAAGGCACUUCCGCAAGUUUAG